UCCUGUUCUCUCAACCUUCCUGUCUCUGGAUUCAGCUGCGGCGCUGCAGCACCGGUACAGCUUUUUACAGCGAGGCAUGAGCCAGGAGCAGCAGGCGGCCUUUCACCAGAACCUGACUGCAGAGUUGGGCUGCUGCAGGGUCACACAUGGAGGGGUGGGCCUCGUUGCUCUGGCACUGUCCGUGCUUUUUGACCAGGUCGCCCAACAAAUUCGCCCUCAAGGUUCAACACAGAGCCCCGUUUCUGUCCGGAGGUCCGAAGCAAAGAGGAUUUUUGGCAUUGGUGCAUCUUCGAGAAUCGGCCGGAUCAUCCGGGCCUACCUGAGCCUCGUCCCCGGUGUCGCCAACAGCGAGGAGGAGAUGUCCGAGACCACUGAGCUCUACGACGAGCGGCUGAAACUGGAGCUGCUCGAUCACUACGAGAGGAUGACCACGAAGAAGAGGAUGAGCACGGAGGCCAUGCAGCAGUGGCUGACAGGAGCUGUGUUUCAUCUGCACACCAGGCUCCAUCAGGUUCGUCUGAACUCUGUUCCUUUAGGGUCAGCUGAGUCGCUGCGUUUGUCCUAUAAAACCGGACUAAAGCACCUGGUUAAAGGCUACACAGCUUAUUUACGCAGAAACAUCGUGGAGACUGGAGCUCCAGGAGCGUUAAAGCCCAAACCUCGACCUGCCAUCGGGUUUAUGAGCUCUGUGAUCAGUAGGCACGCUCAUAAAGUCAACAACUCCACCCUGCCCAGUGUAACUGUUAACAGCAGCUGUACAGAUGGAGCCGGCAAAGACUUUGGACUCAGUGAGCAGAAAGGAAGCAGUAACAUCACCAGGGGCGAGACAAACAGCAACACGUCUGCUGGGUGUAUCAGGGAGGAGGAGGACAGCUGGCUGGGCCUGUUAGUCAUCGAGCCUCAGAGAAAAGUGAGUCACAGAGUCCGGCACCACCCCUGUGAGUCUGCAGCCAUCCAACAAGCUUUGCUGACCCGCAUUAUGAACUCUCAGGACCUGGAGCAGAACCGAAACCUUUUCCUUUACCCCCAGAAGAUCCUCCAAAGCCUGGUCAGGCAGAGGGACGACUUUGAGCUGAAGACAAACUAGACAGAAAUAAAUUUUUGGCUUUUUCCCCCUAAAAACACUCAAAUAAUGCUUUGAAUAAACUCGUACACUGCUAAAAGGUGAAGGCAGAUGAUAAUUUUAAUGAAACUAUAAUGCAUAUUCAUCUAAACCUGAAUAACCUUUUUGGAGUCA